GUUACCCAUCACGUCUAUUUUCCCAGGGCAGGUGGAUGUGAGCUGUGUGCAAAUAUUGACAGAUGAGAACAUUUGGAUCUAAAACCUUUUGAGACAAGCUGAUUGAUUUUUUUUUUGUUUGUGGGAGGAGAUCAGUUUGUUGGCCAACAGUCUGCUGGGGGAAACAAGAGUUGCCAUGGAAACUAUUUUGCUCUUCUUCUCUUCUCUUCUGGUGUGUGUGGCUGCUGUAACAGAGCAGAGUGCACAGGCAAACAAGAAAAAAGAUGAAAAUCCAUUUAUAUACGAUUAUGAGAGCCUGAGGAUCUGUGGUUUGGCGUUUGCCGUGGUUCUGUUCACACUGGGUAUCCUCCUCAUUCUCAGUCGACGAUGCCGCUGUAGCAUCAACCAGAAGCCAAGUGCCCCUGGAGAUGAGGAACAACAGGAGGAGAACUUAAUUGUCUCAAAGGCUGCAGCGGCUGCCAAAGAGACUCCAGCAGAGAACUGAUCCGACUCCAACGGACCACACUGCCUUCAGAUAUGAUGCUCUGUUAUAUUUGACAAAAAGCCAAUGUAAAAGUGAAUUAAUGGAUUGUUAUUACAAUGGUUAUGUCAGGGUAAGAAGCAAGGGAUACAUUUAGAGGUGUAAUAUGUAUAUUAAUCUCACCUGUUGUAAUCCGUUGUGUUGUGCCUGUUGCUCAGUGCUCUUGUUUGUUCCUGUGCCUUUGUGUGACCGUUUCACCCCUGUUUGUCUUAGCUGGAAGCACCUUUGACACAACGUUGUCUCUGAAGACUAGAAGAGAUUUAAGAGUUGUGUGGUCUGCUGUUGAUUGUUUCUAUCUAUUACCUUUGGGUUUGAAGAUUUGUCUCUUUGUUUGUCAGUUUAGCGUAUUUCACAUGGUAGCCAUUUUCUUCUGAUGUCACUCUCAGAGUGGUAAACUGAGCUUCAAAUGUUCUGUAAUUCUGUAAUACUGAGUUGUUAGGUAUUAAAUUUUGCAUAAUUUGGGGUGCAGGUAGUAGUUAUGUCUACGACCCCGUGUACAGAGGAUGUGUCCUCAAAGUGGGGUUCAAAUCCAGCCUGUGCAUGUCAUUCCCAACUCACUCACUGCCUAGUUUACGACUCCAUCCACUAUCCUGUCUUUAAAAAUAAAGACAUAAAAGCCCCAAAAUACAUUAGUAAUAAAGAAACACCUGGCUGACAAGAAAACGACUAGACAGUGCACAGUGGAAAUCAGACAAACCUGGCAUACUAAAUGUUGCCCAAACAACACCUAUUAGCAAUGCUCAGACAAAUGUUAAUGUUAACAUAAGUGGUGCAUAAUUAUCCAGGAGAGGGCACUAUUGCUCUUAAAAAGAUUUUGAUGCACAUCUUAGUUAGUUAGCUUAAUGCUGACACAGUGGCAACUGCCAUUAAUAGGCUAACAGAUUUAGCAUAGUGAUUGUAGUAACUUUGACUUAAAAAGCAGUCAACUCAAAGGUAAAAUAGACUAUUUCUCAAGGUGAAGAGAUUAUAAUGGUGCCUUAGCCCCUGCUACAGCUACUCCUCCUCACUAUUAUUGCUACAACUAGCUAAGAAGAAGCUGGAUGCUAAUCUUAACAGUAGCUUCAGUUGGCAAGGUUGGGGCUUUCUUCUAACAUGAUAGCUUAAGGUUAAUAGAAUAGUAGUUUUCACAAAGUUAAGUCUUUUAAUGUCUUUCCGACAAAGUAAUGGCAUUUACAAAAAGUAAGCCACUGUUUGUGUCCAGCUACUUUCUAGUUAACAGUUUGACUUAGCUGAGCUACGUAGCCACUGGCUCUAUUAUUUCCUGUUUUGUUUUUCAAAAUUAUAAUAUCCUUAGAUUCCCUAUACCUUGAUAUAGCUUGUAAACCUGAAAUAAGCAUUUUGUCUCACCCUGAGUGUGAUGUUAGAAAAUGGCCACUGUGUGAAUAAUGUUCAGCUGUCAUGGAUAAAGUUAGCCAGAUACUGUAUGAAUUAUAACAUAUAUGCAUUUAUUAUAUAGCCUACAUGAUUAAUUAUACCAGUAGUUUAUAGAUAAGAUAUAUAGUUGAGUAUUGGGGUCCAUGUUUGAACAGUUGAGUGCAUUUUUAGUGGGUUUGCAGGCAUGUAUGGGUAUAUUAAUAAAUAUUUCUUUCCAUAUUAAAGGGAUCAGCGUUAUAUGAGACAAUCUGAACUGCCACAGCUCUCAGACUGAGCACAGGAAUGAGCUUCUCCACCACAGUGUUUUACCCUUUAUAGUGGAGCAAGCCUCACCAUCAGCUGUCUCACUGCCUUUUCCAAACAGCUACUCCAGGCACCGUCACUGGCACCUCCAGGAUUAACCAGUCUCCUACAGACUAUCAUUAUCUCACUACUCACUCUCUAUCUGAAAAUCUUUGAAAACCAGGUCUUUUUCUCUUCUAUGUCCUUUUUGUUAGGGGUAUUUAACAGUAAACAUGAUGCUUUGAAUGUCCAUCUGUGUUUCACAUAUCUAAAGUGUAUAGACAAAGUAUGAGUGCAGAGUUUGAGAGAAAUGUAACUUUAAAGUGGUAUUAUUUAUGUGCAAGACUACAUUAAUAGUAGCCAAAUGAAAGCCAAAUCAUAAAGAAAGUGACUAAUUGUUGUGUCAGGCUUCACUAACAUAGAAUGUACCUGUUGAAAAAAUGACCGCUGAACACGUAAAUGUUCAUUCUACG